AUGUCAGGAGUAUAUACCAUUUUUGUAUCGCUUUUCAGCACAAUCAUGAAUAUUGUUAUCGUAACAACAUUUCAAAAACGAUUCCGUCAUGCAAUACAAACACCUCCAGCAACUAAACCCAAACUUGUUCAAAACUGGCUGACACGAUUAUUCAAGGCAGAUCCUCAAAUCAACGUUAAAAGCCGUAAGGCUAUUUCAUUAGUGACCAAACCGUACAAAAUACACACUCAUCAAACUCUUGUCACUCUGGCAGCAUCAUCCAUUAUUCUUUCUAUUGGAAGCCUGGCUGGAUUGAUUGUGAUGCAAUAUAGUCUUUCGACUACAGGCGAUAGAAAGUCGAUGCUGAUGAUUGUGCAUAUGCACCAGGUUAGUUUGGGGCUAUUCUGUUUGUAUACAGCGGGUCAGACAUACUUGUUUGAGAUGAUCAAGCAUACACACGAAAGUAUAGCACUGGGAACAGGAAUGAAUCAUGGGCUAGCUAAUAUCUCUGGAAGCUCUGGAAUGGAGUCUGCUGUUGGCUCAUAUACAUCUGGCGGGCUACAUCGAGGCGUAGUUAAUUCAACCACGGGGAUAUCUAUUGCAGGUAUUUUACUUCGUCCAUCAGAAUCGCAUCCUAUUCAUUCCAGCAAACGCCGAGCACCCAUUGACGAGUUUCUACGUGACACGCGCAGCAUCAGCACUGAAGCGUCCUUAUCAAGCAGUAUUAACAAGCCUCAAGCCAUUACAACUAAUACAUCGUCCAAAAGUAGCUCAUCUGAAGUAGUAAUGGGCAGUUUGAGAUCUAAUGGAGCCAUACCAACAAAUGGAUUGAUUGGCAUACCUUUCAGUGCAAGUCGAACACGAAUCGUAUCAAGUGAUUAUGUCGAAAAUCAUAUUUUGCCAUCUGGAGGUGAACAGCCAACUUUGAUAUCAAAAACACUGGCAUGUAGCCAUUCAAUUGGUCAAGCAGAGUUAUCGACUUCUUCAGUCUUUGUCUCACUUAAUGCUAAGCUACCAUCACUUGAAUUCAAGAAUAUAGUGGAACUUCCAGGUACAAGUCUAGGUAAUCUUGAGCCGCCUGAUACAAUACUUGCGCAAAGAAGUAGACCUAGAUCGUCUUCUUGCGGAUCAAAACCGCACUCGAAAACUAGCAUAGAUUUCAACUCUAAUGGGAAAAUAUUUCAUGACCUAAACAAUACUUUAGACGAUGGUCAUUUGAAAGCACUACCAAAAUAA